GCCACAGGUCCAGUGACCGCCCUUGCCCUAUCCGUUUUUGGGCAACCACGCCCAUAUACAAUAAUACAUGAAUAUAUCAACGACGACAGGAACUACUACAAGCAAGAAAAAUAAAGAAAUACGGUGAAGACAAGGAAACAAACUAUUGCAAGAGCCGGUAGAAAACCCCUAUGGAGCUCGAAAGUUUGAAUUUGGGCUCGGGUUAGCUGGCCGUAGCCGCCCACUCAGCUAAAUACUGCCCGUGGCCACCAGGUGCUACGAAACAGACACAAUUUUCGAAUUUGUCCUACAAGCAUACCUUGGAUUCAAAAGAUAAUUCCCGGUUGGUUGUGUCGAUCGCUCAACAUCCGCUUACAACAUGCUCUCUAACAUGCCGACUCGGGACUGAUUUUGUGGACCUCGGCCACCCGAUCACAUCCCGAAGUCAAAGCUUGAUUGUACCCGUGCCAAAAGAGCUUUCUAUAUAAUAAUACGACAUUCGCUACCCUAUUGGUAGCAGUUGUGCCAACAUUUGACACUUACCACUUUAGCUACAUUUAAAAGACAGCUAUCGCUCUACCAAUUGGGGAUGGGGUUGAAAUUCCCCGCCUCCGCUAGGGUUUCGUCGAUAGAUAGCCCUCUGGAGGGGUUAUGUGGAGAAGACCAUAUUCCCCCCGUUGCAACAACAAACCGAAUGUUAGAUAGGGAGAACAGUCUGCAACUGGAACGCAAACUGCGCCGGAAGGUAGAUAUCCGACUGUGUACCAUUUCUGGGAUCCUAUGUAGUUUGAAUCUCUUGGAUUCUGGCAUCAUCUCCUCGGCUUCCGUGACAAGCAUGAUAUCCGAUCUAUCACUGGAGGGAAACCGUUAUUCAGUAGCGAUCUUCAUUUUCACCAUAUCCAGUGUUGUUUUUCAGCUUCCGUCGACGGUUGCAGUGCGCUUCGUCGGGCCCCGGCGAUGGUUCUCCCUAAUCACUGUCUGUUUCGGGGUGAUUACCUUGUGCACGACCUUCAUACAGAACUGGAGGCAAAUGAUUGUUGUCCGGGUGUUUUUGGGCAUUUCGAUGUCCGGAAUCUAUCCAGGGCUGACAUAUCUGAUCAGUACCUGGUAUACGCGGGAGGAGCAGCAGCUUCGUUUCGCUUUCCUCCAGGCUGGGGAGGUCUUAGUCCUGGCAUCCGGGAACAUUAUGAAUUACGGCUUGAACCAUCUUGGCGGUAGAGCAGGACUCGAAGGCUGGCGGUGGAUGUUCUUGGUAAACGGGCUGAUAACUAUCUUCGUCGGCGUCAUCACGUAUUGGUGGAUGAUCGAUUUUCCAGAAAAUGCACAUCAUAGCUUUUGUUUCUUUACUGAGGAGCAAACAGGGAUAGCGACAGGGCGGAUCCAGAAAGACAGGAAAGAUGCGAUUCCAGAGCCGUUUUUCAUAUCCAAGAUCCUCGUUAAUUUUCUCGAUCUUAAACUGUACGGAUUCAGCUGUCUGUUUUUCCUGUUAAACCUGGUCUCGACUUCCCUUUCGUACUUUCUCCCUAUUCUCCUCCAAGGAGGCAUGGGCUUUGAUACAAAUAAAUCCAUUUUGCUAUCUGCACCUCCGUACUAUUACGCCGUAAUCCCCGUCCUCCUCACAUCUCUACUUGGUGAUAAACUCCGCCUGCACGGCCCCCUCAUCUUCUUCAACUCACUAAGCCUAAUCGCUGGCUUCCUAAUGCUCGGCCUUCCCGCCUCGCAGCAAGUCACAGUCCGCUAUAUCGGCAUAUUCCUCGCCACCGGCGCCUACGUCUCCAACUGGGCAGCCCUGAACGCUUACCAGGCGAACAAUAUCGUCGGGCAGUGGAAGAGGGCUACAGUGGCUGCGUCUGUGGCGGCUUGUAAUGGCCUAGGCGGCAUUGCGGGUAGCUUUAUUGUGAAAUCUAGUGAGGCUCCGACUUAUGGGACGGCGGUUUGGGUUUCUAUAGGUUCCCACGUUCUUAUGAUUGCGAUAAUUCUCGCGUUUUCCACGUACUUCUACGUCAUGAACCGGCAGCAAAGGACGAGCGGGAAACUGAUUGAGGGAGUGGAAGGGUUCCGCUAUACGUAUUGAGCUGUUUUUAAAUAUAUAUAUAUAGUAUGUAUGUAUACCCAGGACACCUCUAUAUUUUUGAGGUCAUCACUCCAUCCCCUACAAAACCAGGACUUGGUUUAUUCUCAAAGAAACUGUCACGAAAUUGCUUAACCUCUACAUAUUAAUAAGUUCUUUCUUUUUCUUUUUUUUCUUUUUUCUUUUUCUUUUUCUUUUUUCUUCGUAAACAGAACUUUGGGCUUCUAUGGAUAUAUUUUCGUUUGUAUUGUAGGCAAUAUAUCAAGUAGUUGGUUAUUCUUAAGAAGAAGCUAGCUACGGUUGUGGUUUCGCGAUUUUCAGGAUUCAGCGAGGAGGGCAAAAAGGAAAAACAAAAAGGACGUAAAUUUAGAACUAGUUAAUAUAAAGAAGGUAUCGGUUAGAAAACUGUGGGUAUUCAUGGCGUGUUGAUGGCGGCUUUCUCGAAGGGAAAAUAAUAAUGUGGAGUUAUUAAAACUGGAAAAUGGGGAAAGAACGCUAAAUAAACAGAGCAUACUUUAAUGGCAAGAUGGUAGAAAGAUACACAAAUCGAUCCGGGAAAAAAGGAGAAAAGAAAAGAAAUGAGAAAAAGGGAGAGGAGGUAAGGAGAAGAAUG